AGCGUUUUUAUCCUACUGUCCGGGAAUGCCUAUACUUCUCAGAUUAUAUCCAUUAAAUUCUCGUGGUGGUUCCCAGCGUUGCCUUUCUCGCUGCUAAUAUUCUUCUACGACGAGGCCAGGCGUUUCAUUUUGCGCCGCAAUCCGGGCGGUUGGGUCGAGUUGGAGACCUACUAUUGAGUUGUCGUGCGGACUAAUGACCUAGCACAAAUGACAAGCAUUCUCUAGUGAUCUAAACCAAUUAAUUAAUUUAUUAUUCAAAUUUUAUUUAAUUGACAAUAAAUAUAAAUAUAUAUAAAUAGACUUUAUUCUAGUAAUUGACAAACAAUUAUACAGUAAGUGAAUUGCAUUUUAAUAGGUUUUACUUCUCAUUUGAAUGGAAAGCAUAGGGAAAUCACACGAUAAACCAUUUGUGAGGCCAUUUAUUUGUGAUCAUUAUAUCAGAUAAUUUUAGUCAUUAAUAUGAAAUUUUUUGAAUUAUUUUUUGUGUUUCAAGUAUGAAGUCACUCACAAUUAAAAUAAUAGUUUU